AUGGGUAAAGGUAAGCCAAGAGGAUUGAACGCCGCCAGAAAGUUGAGAGUGCACCGCAGAAACAACAGAUGGGCCGACCUGCAAUACAAGUCCAAGUUGUUGGGAACUGCCUUCAAGUCUUCUCCAUUCGGUGGUUCUUCUCACGCUAAGGGAAUCGUGUUGGAAAAGAUUGGUAUUGCUUCCAAGCAACCUAACUCCGCUAUUAGAAAGUGUGUCAGAGUUCAGUUGAUCAAGAACGGUAAGAAGGUUACCGCUUUCGUUCCAAAUGAUGGUUGUCUGAACUUCGUCGAUGAGAACGACGAAGUUUUGUUGGCCGGUUUCGGUAAGAGAGGUAAGGCUAAGGGUGAUAUUCCAGGUGUCAGAUUCAAGGUCGUCAAGGUCUCUGGUGUUUCUUUGCUGUCCUUGUGGAAGGAGAAGAGAGAGAAGCCAAGAUCAUAA